UCGCUCGACGCGAUAGCAGCAUUUCGCGGAAUAUUCCAGAGUAAGGUGCCCCUACCCAGAGGACAUCGCAGAUAACUUCCCGUGUCUAUGAAUCUGAUAUCUACGCCGUUUGGAUGCUUGAUGUCGUGUAAUUGUGCGUCUUUGGCGGAAAAAUACUAAUAAAUAAGAGACCCAGCUGCAGUCAAUACAACAUCAGCUUCAGCGAAACGCAACCGUUCACUGCGGCUGUUGGACGAUCAGCGUUGUGUUUAUGUCUUUGUUUUGCGAAAACGAGCUGUUGCGCAGCCGUUGGAACCUGUGUGGUGGAAAUCUAGCCUUCAAGCAAGGAACUUGCAGCCGCAGCGGCACAGCGUUUUUCAUGUCAGAGACCGAGCACGCUUGUAGUCGUUUAUGUCAUCCCUUCUUUUCCAGACAGAAGAUCCCGAAAAAUCCCCAACCACGAUCCUUUUAUCUUACUGAUAGUGCUAACAUCCAGCCAAAAUGUCUGUCAACAUCAAUCGCAGUGUGUCAGACCAGUUCUAUCGCUACAAGAUGCCCCGUCUGAUUGCCAAGGUUGAAGGCAAGGGGAAUGGAAUAAAGACAGUCAUUGUCAACAUGGUUGAUGUUGCAAAGGCACUGAACAGGCCUCCAACAUACCCAACCAAGUUUUUUGGUUGUGAACUCGGUGCUCAGACCCAGUUUGAUACCAAAAAUGACCGGUACAUCGUCAAUGGAUCCCACGAGGCGAACAAGCUGCAGGACAUGCUUGAUGGGUUCAUCAGAAAAUUUGUGCUGUGUGCCGAGUGUGACAACCCUGAAACUGAUCUGCAUGUGAAUCCCAAGAAACAAACCAUCUGCACUUCCUGUAAGGCUUGUGGUUACUCCGGCAUGCUAGACACCAGACACAAACUCUGCACGUUCAUUCUCAAAAACCCACCAGAGAACAAUGACAGUGGAUCUGCAUCUGCAAAGAAGGAAAAAGAGAAGAAGAAUCGCAAGAAGGACAAGGAGAAUGGCGGAGGGCAGGCAGGAAACCAUGACAAUGUUGACGCUCCAGAUGCUGUGGAUGGGAAUGAUGAUGAUGAGGACUGGGCGGAGGAGACGACAGAGGAGGCACAGAGGCGGCGAAUGGAGGAGAUCAGCGACCAUGCCAAGAACCUUACACUCAGCGAGGAUCUGGAGAAACCCCUGGAGGAGAGGGUCGACAUGUUCUACAACUUUGUGAAGCAAAAGAAGGAGAGUGGAACCAUCGACGGGGCUGAUAAAGAGAUCCUGGCUGAGGCAGAGCGUCUGGAUGUGAAGGCCAUGGGUCCUCUCAUCCUCAGCGAGCUGCUGUUUGACGAGAACAUCCGUGACCAGAUCAAGAAGUACAAACGCCACUUCCUGCGAUUCUGCCACAAUAAUAAAAAAGCCCAGAAGUAUCUAUUGGGGGGCUUUGAAUGUGUGGUGAAGCUCCAUCAUGUCCACCUGCUCAACCGUGUCCCCAUCAUCCUCAAAGACCUGUAUGAUGCAGACCUGCUGGAGGAAGAAGUCAUCUUUGCCUGGGCAGAGAAGGUUUCUAAGAAGUAUGUCACGAAGGAACUCGCCAAAGAGAUUCACGCCAAGGCUGCGCCUUUUGUCAAAUGGCUGAAAGAGGCAGAGGAAGAGAGCGAGGGCAGCGAGGAAGAAGAGGAGGAAGAUGAUGAAAAUGUGAAGGUGGUGUACUCCUCUUCUGCUCGCGAGCUGAAAGUGGAGACUGUGAAACCAGAAACGCCUGACAAAGAGGACGACAUCGAUAUUGAUGCCAUCUGAACAAGAGGAUGGUUAUGUUUUCUUGUGCUGUGGCUUUGACUCACAAUGACUUACAUGAUCUUAAAUGGCUAGCUGUUCCCUGUUUUACUACCUACCCCCCAGUCCUCAUUCCCGCCCUCUGCUUUGUGGCAUGACUUAACUUGGCGCUUUACUUGCAGCACAGUAAUUGUAAUUUUGAGAUAUAGUCAGAGGAUUUUAAUCACAUGGGUCUUGGGGGGGUCAUUUGAUUGCACUUUUUUUUUUUUUUUGGUCCCUGUAUUUUUCCAGUCAAUAAAUGAAUGUUUUGCUAUCAC